GCAUCCACCCACAAUGCACCUUGUGCAGUAUCAUGGCGGCGUCCGUGAUGGACAGGCGAUUUUGACGACUUGUGUUCGGGAUUUUUCCGCAUUGAUUCUGGACACAUCCAGUGAAAACAACUACCUGUAAGAGCUCUGAUUUGUGGAAAAUACGUCUAGUCGUGAGUUUGUGGCGAUGAACGCGCUCGUACAGUAUGAGAGCUCAAGUUCAGACGAGGAGGAGGGGCGGCCACCUUCCGCGGCAAGACAAGCAAAAGCUGCAAAACGAGGUUCCUCCAAGUCUGGCGGGAAGAAGGCCAAAGUGGCGUCAGCAGAGGUCACACAGAGCACCAAUGUCCAAGCUCAGAACCCAGCAGGAUAUUCCAAUGAUUGGCAGGCAAUGGGUUAUUCCCAACAAGGCUAUGGGCAGACUUGGCCGCAAGGCUAUGACUACAGUCAAUAUGCACAGGCUUAUGGACAAUGGGGAGACUAUCAACAGUGGGCUAACUACUAUGCCGGGUACGGACAACAGCAACAGUACGGUACACAGGCAGCCAUGCAGCCUCCCGCAGUCCCACCACAAACCAGUUCAGUCACACAAUCUACGACUACUGGAUCAUCAACCUCAGAUGUAACACCCCAGCCCCCUCCACCCUCAGGACCCCCCUCAGAGAAACCCCCCCUACCAACAGGUGCACCACCAGCACCCUCCACCACAGGUCAACAACCGGAGGAAAAUAGUCCAGCGUCUCAGACGCAAACCACCUCUGCAACAUCGUCUAGUGUGGAUUCUCAGGUUAGUACGGCCGGGCAGGUGCAGGCUGGCUCGCAGGACACCAGCUCUGGCCAGGCAAACAUGGACCCCAACAUGAUGUGGAACAACAUGUGGAACUACCAACAGUAUGAUCCACAGGCAUGGAGCCAGUAUUAUGCAGGGCAGGGGUAUCAGGACCCUAACAUGGCAAUGGGUCAGUGGGGCCAAUGGGGCCAACAGUGGCAGAACUGGCAGCAGCAGCAACAGCAGCAAGGUACUCCUGAACAGACUGGACAACAGAAGGAACAGCAAACCCAGCAACAAGGAGGCUUUCAGACUACGCCUCAAGCUGCAACUGGCAACACAGAACAAAAGCCGCCUCCUCAGGGGCCACCCCCUCAGGGUCCCCCACCACAAGGACCACCACCACAUGGCCCUCCACCCGGACUGAAUGGUCAGGAUCAUUGGCAGAGUCCAGAUUGGCAUCAGUCCUGGCACCCAGGCCAAAUGGGCCAACGACCACCUGGCCCCAUGGACCAUGGGCCAAGGAUGAGGAUGAGGCACAUGGGCCCAAUGGAUCAUGGACCCCGCCCACGUCACCGUGGCCCCAUGGAUGGCCCAAGGCAUCGCCACCCCCCACCAAUGGGCCAGGGACCUCGGAUGAGGCAUCCAAUGGAACAUGGACCUCGGGGUCCUCGUGGGCCCAUGGAUCAUGGGCAAAGGCCAAGACAUCAUGGACCCAUGGACCAAAGACCACGACAUCCUGGCGGAAUGGAUCAAAGACCACGGCACAGGCAUCCAGGUCCGAUGGAUUUUGGACAGCGGCCACGGCAUCCUGGAGGUAUGGACCAGCAACCCCGACAUCCCCCAUUGAUGGAAAAAGGACAGCAGCCACGGUUUCCAGGUUCAGCAGAUCAAGGCCCCCGGCCCAUGGAGCGGCCACGGAAUCCUGGUGCAGUGGAUCAGGGACCAAGACCAAGGUUCCCUGGACCAAUGGAUCAAAGCCAGAGGCCACGGCACCCUGGCCCAAUGGGUCCGAGGGGAAGAGCUCCUGAUAUAGGGGAAGGGAAAGACACAAGGUGGAGUGGACAGCCUUGGCAGAGAGAUAAUCGUGGUCCCAAAGAUCAGGAUGAUCAACAGGAAGAUCAGGAGUCAGAACAACCUCAAAAGAAGGAAGAGCCAGCUACUGAGGAGAAACAAAAACCUGCACUUAGCUUGGCAGAGAGGCUCAAGAUGAUUGCUGAGUCCAAGGCUCCACAAACUGGUUCUGCAUCUAGUCACCUAGCUUCAAGGCCCACACCAGCAGAGAAGGACAAAAAGAAAGGUUCUGAUGAAAAGGGAAAUGCAAACUAUGUACCUUUAGGAUUUAACAAACUGCAGCAGAUGUCACGAGGAAAUCAGGGCAGUGAUAAUGGCAGGGAAGGAAGAGGACCAAGAGGUGAACGUGGAGGUCGGGGGGACAGGGGUGGACAAGGUGGCAGAGGAGGGAGGGAUGACCGAGGGGGAAGGAGGAGCAGGUUUGGACAAGACGAUGAGCCAAGGGGGUCAUCUUGGGGACGAGACAGAAACCAGCCAUCAUACAGGUCUGGCAGAGAGGGCAGGCCGGACAGGGAAGGAAGAGAUCGAGACAGCAGGUCAGACAGAGAUGGUCGAUCCAGCAGGUUCAGCCAUGACUCCAGGGACAGACAGGGUGACAGCCAGCAGGAGAGAAGAGGGAGUAGGUUCUCUGGUGGGCCACCUUCACACGGGGAGCAGAGCAAACCUGGUGGGGAGGGAAAUGUGAGGUCAAACAUAGAUGGAAAGCAAAGUCGCUGGGAGACCCCUCGUAGCACUGGGACAGAUGACCCUCAGAAACAACCCAAAACCAGGACAAAAUGGGGAGCAGAAACCACGGAUGGCCAGGAGAGCCUUUCCAAAGCACUGCUCCCAGAUCCCGCAGGCCAACCAGGAGGAGGAGGCAAUCACCAGGGCAAUCCUCCAUCACUAUUUGACAUCCAAGUUCAACCUUCAUCCCAUCUCCAGCAAGGUCAGGGCCAAGGUGGCCAGCAGCAGUUGAGACAGAGAGGAGAACAGGAGUCUAAUCCUCCCGGUCCAAGAGCAUCCCCAUCUGUAGGUCCAAGGGGACCUUCUCCCACUGGCUUUAGGGGACCAUCUCCUACAGGGCUAAGAGGACCUACUCCCCCUGGACCAAGGGGUUCCCCUUCCCCUGGACCAAGAGGUCUACCGCCCCCUCAGUUUCAGGGACACAACCAAGGGAACUGGUCACAGCAGAACUUUGGGUCCCCUGAGGGACAGGGCAGUGGAAUGAAGAGAGUGUCCUCAAAUGACUCCCAAUUCUCUCCUUCUGAUGGAGGACCAGGCAUCCAUCCCUACACGCCCAAACGUGCCAGACUAGAGCCAGAUGGGUCGCCUAGCAACCCCAGCCCCACCGGCAUGGUGCUACAAGACACCACCAUGGCUGCAGUACAGGAUAUAUUUGAACCAUACCCCAAAAUUGUGUUUGCCCUGGGGAAAGCUUUGCAAAGCAGGAUUCCUGAGAAAAGACUUGUUGAUCUGCAAGGCCACACGGGUCCCGUGAACACUGUGGAGUGGUGCAAGGCCGACUGUAGCCAUCUUCUCCUGUCUUCCUCCAUGGACAGGACUGUCAGAGUCUGGGAUGCCAUUGGAGAUGCCAAGUGUGUCCGAACUCUGACCAAUCACAGGGCAGGAGUGAAGAUGGCUGCGUGGACUUCAGACAAGAAAGUGCUGAGCUGCAGCUUUGACAAGACUGCUCAGCUCACCGAUCCACAGACAGGUCAAACUGUGUCAACAUUCCCCCAUUCCAAUUUUGUGACUGUUGUUCGAGUCCAUCCCCAGGAACAUAACCUGUUCCUGACUGGGUCCACAGACAUCAUUCAGGCUUGGGACAGCAGGACAGGCAAGGCUGUUCGGGAUUUUAAAUGCAAGUUUGGUUCCGUUCUGGACUUGGCCUUCCUGUCUGACGGGAAAUCAUUUGUCAGCAGCGCUGAUGUUGUGGCAAGAGACUCCGCCGACAAGACGAUCAUGGUGUGGGACUUCAGCUCUGCAGCCAAGCUGUCCAACCAGAUAUUUCAUGAGCGAUAUAGCUGCCCUUCUCUGGCUGUCCAUCCCUCAAAGCCAAACUUCAUUGCCCAGACUAAUGGAGACUACAUUGCCCUCUUCUCCACAUCUCGCCCAUAUGCCAUGGACAAGACUGUCCGUUUUGAAGGACACAAGGUUCAGGGGUAUCGGAUCGGCUGCGAGUUUACCCCAGAUGGACAGAUGAUCGUGACUGGUAGCGGUGACGGGAAGGUGCACUACUUCAACUUCUACUCGGGGGAGAGUGCACGUGAGCUGAACGUGUACACAAACCCGUGCACAGAUGUGAAGUCCCACCCUGUCCUGAGCAGCACCCUGGCUACCUGCAGCUGGAGUGGACAGGUCUCUGUCUGGCAGUAAACAACACUCCUUCCUAGGGCUGCUCCAAUAGGAUUAGUUGGUUCUUGGAUAUUUUUAGAUUGAAAAACAGAGGAGGUGAAUUUUUCAGAUGAUCUGGAGGAUAUAUACAGAGUCACUUUAGAGGUAAAAAGGUGUAAGAAGAAUGUUUAUAGAUUUGUUGCCAUUUUUUGUCCUCCAAGAAAAAAAAUUCAAGAAACAACUAAUUCAACUGUAGUAGCUUGUUGUACAGGUCAUUUUACAUGAUCCAUAAUAGGACUGUACAGGUACUGACAUAUGUUAAAGUAGACAUGUGUAUACAUGUAGAUUAUGUGUGAAACAUAAGGGGAAGAUUUUUUAAGUAAUUAGCCAGUGUGUGUGCAAGAUUUUUUUCAUUAACAUGGUAAUGUUAUGUCUUGCUUGCAGUCCAUUGUUAUGUGUAGUCAGUGGAAAAUGUAUGACUAUGAGUAAUUGUAAUGAUUUAUAGAAAACAUUUUUCACUUUUCAAAUAUUUUUUUUCUAACAUUUGUUGAGAAAGGGUAGUCUGUGAUCAUGUUGAUUGUUGAGCUUUUUGAUUUGGGCCAUUUUUAUCAGUUAGAGCAUUUUGUGACACCUUGUGAUACUGGGUUGAGGAAACAAACUAAAAAAGUUUCUGCAUGCAGGGUUAGACAAGUUUUUUAAAAUUCACUUGUCCUAUCGGGCAAGUACAUAGAAAAUUUACUUGCCCAAACCAACUUUCCACUUGCCCAAAAUUUAAUAAAUGACAUGUAUUUUUACU